AUGCGACAUUUCUUGUACAAAACCUCAACCCUUUUCAUAAACGUUUGGUUUUAUCCCCACCGCCAAACCUAUAGAUCCUUAAAUUUAUCUAUCAUGUAUGGAAGAUACUUGAUUCGCAAUACUGUCCGGAAAUCCGUGGGAGGAGUUGCUCCUUCGGUUAAUCGUCCAAUAUCAAUGUCGCUAAUGUCUCAACGGUUUAUGUCCGAUGGUGGAUAUGCUAGUCAACUUUUCAAUGCUCGUGAAAAUGUUAAUACACUUCUUGAAACUCAUGAUCGUUCAUCGUAUAUCUUGGCUCAAUAUGUGCCGGAACCGGCAAGAGAUGCCUUCUUGGCCAUCCGUGCCUUCAAUUUGGAAAUCAAUAAGAUCAAUGAUGGAGGUGCGAACACAAAAUCAGUCGCAUCAAGAGCUUCUUCUCAACUUUCAUCAACUCUUGGGGUUUCCACAAUUGAUGUUAAAUUUAAAUUCUGGAGUGAUUUGUUAGGUCAGAUUUUCAAUGAUCCUCUGCUGGACCGUGCUGUAGGUGAACCAAUUGCCAUCUUGCUUCGAGAUGCACUCCGCCAGGGUCUUAAUUUGGAUAUCACUUAUUUCCAUCAAUUUCUUCAAACUCGUAGACAUUUCUUACGUCUGGGUACUUCAUCAUUUCAAUCAAUUGAUGAUAUUUGUCUGUAUGGAGAGGGAACUUAUUCUCAACUUAAUUAUUUGACUCAAGGUCUUUUACUUUCUCCUUCGAUUUCCCCACUGGUUAUCUCCCUUUUGGAACAUUCUCCAGAUUUACAAUCAAUUGUUGGUGAAAUUUCUGCUCAUAUAGGUCAAGCAACUUCAAUUAGUUCAAUGCUUUUAGGUGCAACUUACUAUGCGAAGACACGUGACCAGAUCACCUUACCAAUUGAUCUUAUGACAAAAUAUGAUAUUUCUCAAGAAUCUCUUUUACGUCUUGUUCAAGGUCAUCAAUCCUCCAAUGAAGAAGUUGAAGCUAUUCAAAUGCAACUUAAAAAUGUUGUUUAUGAUACUGCUGUCGUGGCAAAUGAUCAUAUUAUUACCGCUCGGUCGAAACUCCAGCGCGCACGUGAGCAGAUCGAGUCGGUUGUGGCCGAAAAUAAAUCUGAUGAAAUUCUUCAAAAAUAUUCUUCUAAAUGGAGACGUGGUAUUCCAGAUGUGAUAUUCACUCCUUUCAUGGUGGCCAUCCCAACCACUCUUUAUCUCCAAAGAUUGGAACGUUGUGAUUUUGAUCUUUUCCACAAGAAAUUAGCUCAAAAGGAGUGGAGAUUAGCAUGGCGUUCGUAUGCUGACUACUACAAGCGGACCAUCUAGGGCUCUUUCAUCCUUCUUUUCCUUUCUCAAUCUCCUGUACAUAUAAUAAUAGACAUACUUGAUCGGUAUGGUUAUGAACAAAUAAU